GAAGUUGACACCAAGCCUACACCAGAAAAAAAUUGGGAAGAUUUUGUAUUAACAAAACAAUACCUUCAACUUCAACAAAUUUUGAGUUUCUUUUGCAACUGCAUAUAGUAAAAUGAGCAUUAAUUCAUAAUUAUAAUCAAUACUUACUGUAACAGAUUUUCAUUGAUAGAAAUUGCUACUAAAAACCCCCAUCUAAAUUGAAAUUGGGACUUGGCUUUUUGAUUUCAGAAUUUUUGUUUUUAAAAAUGUAAAGGGACAUCACUCUGUUUGAAUGUUUCUUACUAAUCCAGGAAUCCUGGAAUCCUCAUGAAUCCAUCCGCCGUCAUCCAACCACUAACUUUCCACCACACAUGUUUGGAAUGGAAUUAUUGUUUGGAAGGAAGUUUAAGAGAAGCUGUCGAGUGUACGGGUGAAGUAGAAGAUUCAAGCGGGCUGGUGAUGCACUGCAAUGUCAAAGUCCAACCAUGUUAGAGGAGUCAUUGAAUUGUUCUGUAAAGUUCUUUUAGAAAAUAAAGUUUCUCAUCUGCGUGCUGAAACGCUAAGACAAGCAAAAUUCAACAACGAGCUGGCGAUAGAGCCACUGUGGGAGCUUCUGCAUGACAUCAUUUGCUACUGUGAUGGAAAGUCCCCUAAUGGGAAGGAGUGCCGUGUCACUUUUAACAAAACAGCUGCUGCUGUUGAGAGGGUGAAAUCACAGCUCCAGAAAUGGGGCUACUUGAAUCCGGGACUGUCUCAGCUGCCGGUGGACAUGUCCUAUGGGAGUCGUCAGCUCCUACUGGCGGUAGGCUGGGUCGUUCAUUCACAGAAACUGUUUGAUCAGGUCAUCUCGAAGCGAACCAACCCUUUGUAUCAACACUUGUUAACAUUUAUCGAGACAAGGUCAAAAACUCCAGAGCUGGAAAAGUCUCCACCUGAAAGCCACCGUUCGACUGUCUCUAGUAAAGAGGAGCUGCAGAAACAGCUAGUACUGUGUGGGAAACUGCAACUAUCUCUUAGGCGUCUUUUUGCUGUUCAGCAGGAGAUGGCAAAAAUUACUAGAUCAGUUCAUAUGUACACUAAAGGUGUUAACCUGCAGCCAGAGCUUGACCAUUUGACCACUCUAGAGGUGUACUUAUUGAGACAUCCAGGGGCUAUGAAGCACAUGUUGGAGGAGCUGGAGCAAGAUAAUGAGCAGCUGAAACAUUUGCUGGACUGGAAAGACAAAGAACACAUUUUCUGGCAGUGGCUGGACAGUGUUCUGGACCUCAGCAUUCAGGAAGGAGAUCCACAGCAAACACUCCUGUCUUUGGAGGAAGAGGAGCUUGUGUAUUUGCCCGUGCCGAGUACGAUAGGGCGUGAUAUCGACGCUGCCCGGACGGAACUGAGGGAAGCCAUCCUGAAACAUGAAGAGGACAUAGAGAGGAUGGAACAAAUAGUCUUUAGAAAGAGUCAGAAAGUCUCCCAGGUGGAGCGUGAGGUCACAACAAUGUUGAUGGACAGAGAUUUGGUUCAGCUGUCAUCUCGCCUCGCCUCUUGUGGUAUUGGCCCCACCUUGUCAGCAGGCGCCUCAACUCUGCUGGCGGAGGAAUCCCAACAAGAACAGUCCGCAGAAGAGGAAGCCGCUCCUCUGAGUUCCUCCCGAUUUAAGUUUCAACUCCAGUCAGAGAGGAGUAUUAAAGCUGGCAAGCUGAAUAUUUUGACUAAUGCAGUGAACAAAAAAACCGAAGCGUUAAGAGAAAGAGUGGAGGACCUGGAAGAAACUCUGAGACAGAUGCAGCUACAGAACUUGGAGCAGCUGCAACAGCUGGUCAACCAAAAUACUGAUGUCAUCUGCAUACUUCCCAGACAUUUCAAAGGGCUUCUCAAUACGUGAUAUUGGUCAUUUUGUAGUUGAGAGUAAGUAGUGAAUGAAAAUGUGGGCCACUUUGCCUAUUUAUUUAUUCAUUUUUUCUCAGCAUGGAUUUGUGCUAUUGAGAGAGACUUAAUUCUUUACUGUCGUAAUUAACUCUUCAACUCUUUUUAUCCUGACAGUAUCUCCAUGGACUCUGUGCCCGUCCUAGGGCAGCCACACUAUGCGAAUUGUAAUUCAGGGUGUAUAUUUCAAAGUGCUGUAUUUCUUAAAUUUACUGUUUAGAUUUUAACCCUUUCAACCUCAGAGCUAUCCCUGCCCAACAAGGCUGACAUACUGGCAAAAGGAACAUAACUCUGCUUAGACUGCAUGAUUAUUCUUUAACCCUUUCCUGUGUACGUUCAGUGGCAGCCAUUUUGUUCUGUAGUUCAACUUCCUCUCCACUGUAGCAACUUGGUUUGUUUACAUUUUUUUCACUUCCUGCCAAGUGAUUCUCCAUUGUCGUACAAAAUUGACCACAGAGACUAUUUGUGUGGUGGCCUGGGAAAACCAGGCACAAUGUAAUUUUUUAUGUUUUUUAACUGAUGGUGCCACUUGACAGCCCUUUCAUUUCUCUACAUGGCACUGUUUAAAUUUUUCAAAUAUCUCAAUUGAUAACGGAGUUAUGGCAUUUUGAAGUAAGGAACCGUGCGAUUUGAGAAUUUGAGAAAAACGCAUUUGAAGUUAAGCCUUUUUUUAUCAUGAACUAUUGUGUUAACUGAUGAGAUGCAUUAUAUGUAAUGUGCAAAUGUGUGGGGAGCUGCAAAAACCAUUCACAUGGGUCCAAAUAUGAAAAUUGAGAUUUCUACCUCAUAUUAUUCUACAGCUUCCCCUGAGUAUUUCGCUUUUUAUUUGAGGGUUUUAUCUAUUAUAGUUUCCGAGAUAUUGCAGUUUUUAUCACGCAAGGCAGGGAAAAUCCGAAAAG